GUUCUUUUUCCGGCAUCUCAACUAGUGUAAGGGACACACUUGAUUUUGCUGCGAAUUUAAACAAUGUCUAAGAGAGGACGUGGAGGAUCCGCGGGAGGAAAAUUCCGCAUCUCACUCGGUCUGCCUGUUGGCGCCGUCAUCAACUGCGCCGAUAAUACGGGUGCUAAGAACCUGUAUGUCAUCGCUGUCCAUGGAAUUCGUGGUCGGUUGAACCGUUUGCCAGCGGCUGGUGUCGGUGAUAUGUUCGUUGCCACGGUCAAGAAGGGAAAGCCUGAAUUGCGAAAAAAGGUUAUGCCGGCAGUCGUGAUUCGGCAGCGUAAACCAUUCCGCAGGCGAGAUGGUGUAUUUCUUUACUUUGAGGACAAUGCCGGAGUGAUAGUAAACAAUAAGGGUGAAAUGAAAGGCUCCGCUAUCACUGGUCCUGUAGCAAAGGAAUGUGCAGAUUUGUGGCCUCGUAUCGCUUCCAACGCCGGUUCGAUAGCUUAGGCAAGCUAAGUGGUGAAUAAAUUCGCUAAACAAAAUCAGCGUGAAGAGUGCCGAAUAGUUUGUUUCUAUGCGUCGAUCGAACAUCAAAAGAUGCCCGGUGAUUGAAGUACCACCCAUUCAUGAACCGCAAAAGCAAAUAUAAAACAGAUUGGUUCUCAACCCAG